AUGGCAGCGACAAAGAUGCUGGCGAGUUUCCUGAACAUGCUGCCGACGCUGAGGUGUCUGGUGCUCAGACAGUCGGCGCAGCCAUGGGCGCGGGCCCUCUGCAGCCAUCGGCUUCUGUCGACGUCGGCCGCCUGCUCCUUCCCUCGCUGGAACCUGCCCACGGGCGACGCCAAACCCGCUCGGCCUGCAACGAAGCCUGCACGGCCAAAGACGAGGGCACCGUCGGGCGCGGCCACAAAGAAGGCAAACGCCGCAGGGCCAAAGUCGGGGGGAGCGAAGACAUGGGCCAAGCCAACACCACAGAAGCCGGCGCCAAAGAGACCAGACUCCAAGGCUAGGUCAAAAAGAACAGACACUAGGCCCGCGUCCAAGAGACCGGAAACGAAGAAUCCCCAAAAGAGAGUAGAGAAGAGAACAGAACCGAGGCUUGCGUUGAAGAGAGCGGAAACCAAGCCACCCCCAACGAAAAUAGAAAAAAGAACAGAGACGAGGCCGGCGUUGAAGACGGCCCAGACGGCCCAGAAACCAGCCGCGAAGACUCGGACGGGGACAGAGCCGAAACCCACAACUCGCCAGCCCAUUGAGUCCUUCCAGCGCCCCGAACCCGCCCUAUCCUACCUCCCGUGCCCGUCCAACGACCCCAACCAGCACACCAUACAAGCCCUACCCCCGUCUCCCGCCUCCAUCAACGCCGCGACAGCCGUCUUCACCGGCCAGCCCUCGCGCUUCCUCUUUGCCGCGCCCAGAUUCCUCAACAUCCCCAUGAACACGUACGUGCCCGAAGUGUGCCUGCUGGGCCGGUCCAACGUCGGCAAGUCGACACUGCUCAACGGGCUGGCCGGCGCCGAGGGCGCCAUCGCCGGCCGCAGCCACGGGCUCGCCGCGCGCCGCGCAGGCCUCGCCAUCACGAGCUCCCGCGCCGGCAGCACCAAGACCAUGAACGGCUUCGGCUUCGGCCCGCCGGUGCGCGUCGCGCCGCAGCCCGACGGCGGCGCCAAGGCGGGCAAGAAGAGCAAGUUCGGCAUAUCGCGGUCCCAGCGGCGAGAAGCGGCCAAGCAGACCGAGAAGCCGCCGGGCCACAGCCUGGUGCUGCUCGACAUGCCGGGUUACGGGCUCAACUCGGAGGCCGAGUGGGGCGUGCAGAUCGCAAAGUACCUGUCGCGGCGCGCCAUGCUGCGCGGGGCCGUGGUGCUGAUCGACGCGCUGACGGGCAUCAAGGACGGCGACCGCCAGGCGCUGAGCCUGCUGCGCGACGCCGGCGUGCGCACCACCGUUGUGCUCACGAAGGCCGACAAGCUCGCGCCCGCCAUUGAGGACCGCCAAAAGGCCAUCGACGCCAUGUGCAUGGCCGUGUGGGACGAGCUGCGGGCCAUCGAGAAGGAGAGCCUCAGCUGGGUCGAGGGCGCGGAGAACGGCUGGGAGAGCGAGAUCUGGGUCACGGGCGCCGGCGACCCCAAGAGCGGCGGCUUCGGCGUGGCCGCUACUCGUCUGGCAAUUUGCAGGCUGGCCGGCCUGGUGGAGGACAAGCGGGUGGCUCCGAAGCCGAUUGGGACGUCGAAGGUGGCAGCAUCGGCUGCGGAAUCGGAAGUGGCAACGGCCCCGGGAGAGACGAGCCCGGCCCUGGGCGACACUGUGCCGUUUGAUCAGAUCACCUGGAAGACUGCCACAACACCUCAGGUGACUCCUAAGGAAGACGAGAAGUUAUUCUAG